AUGGCAGUCGCCGAUAUGGAGAAGGUCGCUGGUGUCCACCACUUCGAGCGAACCGAGUCUGGCGAUUCGAAGGAGUCGGGUAACAACACUGCCAUCAACGCUUUCACCCCAGAGGAGCAGAAGAAGUUGAUAUGGAAGAUCGAUGUUCGCCUCGUCCUGACACUGGGCUUUAUGUACUGUGUCUCCUUGAUGGACCGCACAAACUUGGGCAUCGCCGUCGUCGCAGGCAUGGGCGUUGACAUGAAACUCGCGGUUGGCUUCAGAUACUCCACAAUCGUGCUCGUCUUCUUCAUCACAUACGUCGCCCUGCAGCCCCCAGCGACUGUCAUCCUACGCAAGGUCGGACCACGAAUCUUCCUGCCCACCAUCACCGUCCUGUGGGGUAUCACUAUGAUAACCUUCGCCUUCGUCAAGACCUGGACCACCCUCAUCCCACUGAGACUCCUUCUCGGUAUCUUCGAGGCCGGCUUCUUCCCUGGAUGCGCAUACCUCCUCAGCUGCUGGUACCCCCGCUACGAUCUCCAGAAGCGCUACGCCGUCUUCUACCUCAUCGGCAGCUUGUCCUCCGCCUUCUCGGGUAUCCUGGCCUACGGCUUCUCCCAAAUGAACGGCAUGGGCUCCCUCGGCACCGGCUACGGCCAACGCUACGGCCCCACCAAAGCAAACCCAACAGCCCCCUCCGGCGAAAUGUCCGGCAUCGCAGGCUGGCGCUGGAUCUUCAUCAUGCAAGGCCUCCUGACCGUCGUCGUCGCCCUCAUCGGUGCCUUCACCAUCGCCGACUUCCCCGAAAAAGCCGCGCAAAAAUCCAAAUCUUUCGCCCUCUCCUUCCUAACCCAGAAAGAAGCCGACUUCUUCGUCGCCCGGAUUGAGAAGGACCGUCAGGAUGCUAUCGCUGAGCCGUUCCAGCUCUCGGCCUACCUCCGCUGUGGUUUGGACUCGAAGAUUUGGGGGUUUGCGACGCUGUUCAUGCUCACUACCACCAGUACUUAUGCGAUCGCUUACUUCCUCCCCAUCAUUCUCCACGACGGUAUGGGUUUCGAGGCCGCAAUGGCGGAAUGCCUCAUCGCGCCUCCGUACAUUUUCGCCGCUAUCUGGAUGUUCGGGUGUGCGUGGAUUGGCGACAAGUACCGCAUUCGUGGUCCUAUCAUUAUCGUUAAUGCGCUGCUGGGUGUCAUUGGCCUGCCGCUGCUGGGAUUCUGUGAAGGAGCUGCGAUUCGCUAUUUUGGCGUUUUCCUCGCUACCACCUCCUGCAAUGCCAACAUCCCAGCUAUCCUCUCCUACCAAGCCAACAAUCUUCGAGGGCAGUGGAAGCGUGCGUUCGCGUCUGCUACGCUGGUUGGUGCGGGAGGAAUUGGUGGGAUUAUUGGGAGUACUGUAUUCAGAGCGCAGGAUAAGCCGGGAUAUGCACCGGGCAUGUAUACGACAAUCAUCGCUUGUGCGUUGGUUGUGGUGCUUACGGCUGUGAUGGACCUUAAGUUCCACCGGGCGAACAAGAGGGCUGAGGCGGGUGGGAAGGUUAUUGAGGGGCUUGAGGGGUUCCGGUAUACGCUUUAG